UUGUUUAUUUGUUUUCUAAAAUAAAGCUACCUAUAUGACUGUUUUGUCCUUCGUAGUAUGCUGUUUUUUGUUUGGUUUUUUUAAAGAGUUCGUUUUUCCAAGACCUCCAGAAACACGCCCACUUUACGUAGAAACCCUGGAAUUAAUUAUAUGAAUGCCGUGUAACCAUCUGUGCACGAAAAUAAACACGACUCGCACUGUUCUUUGUCUGUUGGACAAAGAAACAAGGAAAUGAAAUGAUAUAAAAUGGUGUUUUAUGAUGGUCAGGACGGGGUUAACAUGUUUUUGUCUGCUGCUUUUGUUUUUUGCCAGCAUUAAAGCCAUAAAGGUCAUUGGUCGGGAUGUGACUGUGACUGCAGGAGAUGAUGCGCAGUUAUUCUGUCAAGUGAUCGAAACAACAGAGACUGUAACAACUAUUAGGUGGCAAAGACGAACAAAGAAAAAGCCGACAAAUACAGAUUUUCUGGUUAUCACCUCCAGUGGCAAAGAAGAAUAUAGAAACGGACAGAGGGACCAAGUAAAAUUUGCAGGGAACUUCAAAGGACUGGACGGCUCAAUUCUUCUAAGCGAUGUUACUCUUUUAGAUGAAGGAAUCUACACCUGCACCUUCAGCGUAUUUCCAAGUGGACCAUAUAAAACAGAAAUUCAUCUCAGAGUACAAGUUCCUCCUGUUGUCACUGUGGGCACUGAUGUUCCUGCUGUUGCUGGGGACACUGAAGGGAUUUUAGCGACUUGCACUGCAGCCAAUGCAAAGCCUGCAGCAGAAGUGUUGUGGAGUCUGGGUGCUUUAAACAACACAGUGAAAGUACAAAAUACUGUCACUGUGGACUCUGAAGAUAGAUACACUGUUAAAAGCAACCUGAUUGGAACUGCAUAUAAAGAUCUAAACCAGAAGAAGGUUCAGUGUGUAGUCACACACCCUGGACUAAAGCAGGAACUGGAGCUGAAUUACACAUUGGAUAUACACUAUCCUCCUCAGGUGGUUUAUAUUCAUUCAGCAGGCGAUCAAGGGGCAUUUCAGUGUGAAUCAGAUGCUAAUCCAAAACCUACCAGUUUCACCUGGAGCAGAUAUUUUCCAGUGAACGAGACUCUUUCCAGUGGUGUUAAUAGCAGUCUGAUUGUUCCGCUGACCCCUGAUAGUAACGGACCUUACUAUUGUGUGGCGUCUAACCAAUACGGUGAAGCUGUUGGUUCCUUUUACAUCAUGAACAGAAGAACAGAAUCUAAAACCUGUUGGACUCUGUUCAUCCUGACCCUUGUUGCUGUUUGCUGUUUUUUCAUUUGGAAAUUUGAAUUGUUUCAGCGUGUUAAUAAAAUACUGCGGCAUGAUAUCAGUCAACCUGUGCAUACGGAAUCUUCAGACCACAAAGAGAUCUUUGUGAAAUCAUUUAUUUAAAUCUCUAUGGUCUUGUUUUGCUCACUUAUGUUAGUAAUUACAUGUAAGAUGUUUGUUUUGCUUAGGACCGUUGACACAUGUAUGAAUCAAAGCUCUCUACUGGGACCAUACCUUGUUGUGGUGGAGGGGCUUAUCCUCCUUCAAGUGAGGAGAAAACCAAAUGGUCCCAGAGGAUUUGUAACAUAAAGGUCCCUGUUAGAUCCCUGGCCUGCGUUUUCAAAUCAGCAUGGUCAUCAAACAUCAGCCCCAGUUCAGCAAUCUCAGGACAUCUACUUUUGUUAAGCUGCUUUGAGACAAUGUGAAUGUUAACACAUUGAAUGUAGACAAUGUUAAAUGUGUUAAAGAAAAAAAAAUGAA